AUGGCCGCUGUCUCCUCCAGGAAGCUCUGCUGUGUGGCCAUCUCACUGUCCGAAGAAGAACUGCUUAGACUGAGGCAGGAGGCCCUGAGCUGCUUCGCUCAGAUGGACCAGAGUUUGGCCCUCCCCACAGUCCGGGCCCGAGUGCUGCUACAGCAGUUCCAGACUGCCUCACGGGAAGCAGAGUUCCGGAAACUGGACCGGGCCCUCGCAGUGCCCGAGCUGCAGUCCAAGGGGAGAAAGCUGCGCUCCAAGGGCAAGGGCAAGGCAGAUGCUUUGAGGAAGAACCUCGAGGAUAAAAUUCGCCUCUUUGAGGAGCGGCCCUCCGAAGACCUGGCUGAGGAGGUGCGAGGGGAGUUGCUGCAGGAGCGGGAGCAGCGUCUAGAGGCCCAGGAGGCACACUUUGCAGAAUCUCUCGUAGCUCUGCAGUUCCAGAAGGUGGCCCGGGAAGCUGAGACCCUGUCAGCCUAUUCAGCCCUGCUCAUCAUUCAAGACCUGCUGCUGAGCGAGUUGAACGAGUCUGAGACAGUGGCCAAUUUAGCCUGCACACCGAUCCUGGAGUCUCACAACCUGGAGCUCCAGGAGCUGGAGAGGAAGUUGGAGGAGCAGCUGGCACAGCAGGAGGAGGAGGAACAACAACAGAUCCUGGAGAGCCUGCAGCAGUGGGUAGACGAUGGGCCUGGGCCUCUGGAUGAGGCUGAGGAGGGGGAUGCGGAAAGGCAGGUCUCCACCACCCUGCUGCAGGCCCUGAGCAAGGGCCAGAAGCUACUGGAACACCGGCAGCUGAGGGUGAGAGAGCACUGGCAGAACAGUGUCAUGCUAGAAGAUUCCCUGGAAAGCAAGGAGCUCAACACCUUGGCCAGGCUAUGCAGCCAGGGACUGAGGCAGGUGUCCUACCUCUCAAAGGUGACCAUAGUGCCUGGGCCCACCCUGCACCGACUCUUGAGCAUGGUGCUGCCCUCGGCCUCACAACCUCAGCUGCUGGCCCUGCUGGACUCGCUCAGUGAAAAGCAUUCUGACCACACAACAGAGCGCGAGGGCAGUGAGGAGCAGGCUGAGCCGGGCAGAAGGAGGAAACACCAGGGCUGGUGGCAAGCUUUGGAUAGGAGGCUGCGAGCAGACCUGGCGACGGAAGGACUACAAAGGCUGCUCCAGGCCCGCAGGAGGAAGAGCAUAUUACAGAAGACACGGGUCCCUGUUCAGGAGAGGGUGAUGUUCCCUGGAAAAGGAAGUUGGCCCCACCUGUUCCUGGAGCCUAUUGGAGAGCUGGCACCCAUGCCCAUUAUGGGGGCAGAAACCAUCGAUGUGUUAAACACAGGAGAGAAGAUCUUCAUAUUCAGAAGCCCACGGGAACCCGAGAUCCCCUUGCACCUGCCUCCCAGGAGGAAGAAGAACUUUCUGAACUCCAAGAAGGCCAGCAGGGCCUUGACCUUGGACUAGCCCUGGGGGAGGCUGAGGGAGCAUCUCAAACCAGAGCCUUUUCUUCUGCCCACCUAGGUUUGUCUGCAUAUAACAUACAACUUGAAGCAUAUACAUGCCUGCAGGAUGGACAUGGGCCUGGUGGAAGAUGCAAACACCCUGCACUUUCUGGCUUUCCUGUGCUCAGUUGCUCUGGACUCUUGAGUUUCUGUUUGGUCUACUCUCUCUGGGUCACAAGGACAGAAGCCUGUCUUCCUUUCAGUUCCAUAUCACCAGGAUCCAGGGGAAAGCCACCCUGUUCCAUCCCAUCUCCAGGCAGCAUGCCAAGUAGUCUGUGAGGAAUGGGUAUCUCUGUUCUACCGUGUGCAUCACACGUGCUGCUUAUUAAAAAAUAAACGUGCAAUAGUG